AUGUUCAAUCCUCCGCCGAGGUGGAUUGCCCAUGACCCGGAGCCGGAAAUUGCUCUGCCACCCGCUAGAUGGAGCUUCAACUCGUUUCUCCUUUCUGUGAUCAUUACCGUACUCCUGGCUUUCCUUGUUCUGGAGGUGUACCGGUUUGCAUUCGAAAAGCCACGCGAAAAGCCCAAACAUCGCCAAAUCUCCAAGUCCAAGAGAUUGUUUCAGCCCAUGGACGCUGUCGUGAUCCCCGAGUCUCCCAAAACACCCACCAUUCGACGAAGCCGAACUCGUGACAUGCCCCCCUCUCCGCCUGAGUCUUCUCCGUCAUUGAGCUCGACAUUUUCAGCCCCGGCGACACCCGGAGGUGAAUACAAUGUCAUCCCCGAAGGUUUCCCCCAUGGUGCCGACCUGAACCUUACUAGAGAGCAACUUCGCGAGGCUUUCUAUUUCUCCCCCAAGGAUCGCCGCAUCAUUGACCCAGAAGAGAAGUACUGGGGUCGAGGUCGCAAAAGCAACCUUCGAGCUGAAUUUUGGGAGUUUAUAUUCGAGCGGAGCGAAGACUAUGAUCCGCGCAUUGACGAAACCCCAUAUGACCUCCCUGAAUUUGUCCUGCGAAGCAACAUUGGAAGUGACUGGGCCAACCGUGCGCGCUACUUCGAGAAGCCGGAUCUCUAUGACUGCAAGGGACGUCUCCGCGAUACUCCCCUACCGACCGCUCGCGACAAGAAAUAG